UAAAACUUUGUCUAGUUGAUAAUUGUUAUAUCUAACUCAGACAUUAUUCCUAAUAAUCUUAUCUUUCUCGAAUAACAAGUCUUAUCAGACUAGAACAAAAUAGUAUCCAGUGUACAGAAGAGCACAAUUUUCUCCCACAAUCCCGCUCUUUUGGUCCAAAAACAAAUCAUCACUGCCCAGAUCUCGUUCUGCCACUGAUUUCGCUGUCCUCAAGUGGGAAGAGUCCACUCUUCAACAAGGAAUGUUUGAAAUGGAAAUUUCCAUGACCAAAGUAUUGUUUACCUUGUAAUUUGGUUUGGAAUUUUCCUUGCCAUGAAAACAGGACCUUUCAAUUCCCAAGGUUGAUUUGGAUUGGAUGGGAACAAGGAGCCUCUUUAUGGCUAAGACCCACAUUGAUUCCAUCAACCUACGAGCUGUGAAUGAUUUUGUUUGUGUGAACAUGUUGUGGGCCUUUGGUUCUCUGCGGGUGUUCCUUUGCAAAUAUGUGCUCUAUGUUUUGGGAUUGGUGCUCAGAUACAUCUUCAGGUUUCUUCAUCUGGGAGAUGCAAAAGAUGAGGCUAUUGAUCAGAAAGUACCACAUGUUGAGAGGAACCAGCUUUCUGAUUCUGAGAUUGAUGGGUUCCGAGAGGAGCUGGCAAGUUUUCUGUUUUGGAGUGAUGAUUUUCAGGAAACUGAGUGCUCUACCCUUUUCAUGGAGGUUGCUCCUGAAAGUGGGAGAAGAAGUGGAAAAACUGAGAACUCUGUUUUUUCCACGGAGAUUGCUCCUGAAAGUGAGAAAAGAGAUGUAGAAAAUAAGUUCUCGGUUCUGAUGGACACCCACUGUGAUGUUCAUGAAGAUGGGAUGAAAACAGAGGUGCCCACGGAUAGCUUUGUUUCAAAACAAAUUGAAUUUGACAUUGGUGAAGCUGGUAUGAGUGUUACUCAUGAAGAUGGCACGGAAGCAGAAAGAGAAACAGAGGAGAUCUCUAUUUCCACAGAGUGUAACUCUGAUCUCGAUCAAGGAAGUGUGGAGAGAGAAGAGGAAAUAGAAGAACCUGCGUCUGGGGAGAUUGACCCUGUUGUUCACGAAGAAGUGAUGAAAAUCGAUGGGAAUGAAACAAGCAGCGAUGAUUUAACGGAGAAUGUCUCCGAAGAAACUGUAAAUGGCGAUGGGGAGAAAAUAGAAGAAAAUGAGAGCUCUGUUUUCAAUGAACAAGAGUCCAAUGCUCAUGGUGAUGAUACAGAAAGAGAAGAAAAAGAAGAAAAAACAUAUGGGUGUGUGUCUUUGAACACAAACUCUGUAACAACCACAAGUAAAUGCGAGUACUUAUCAGGAAAAGAUAUAAGUGGGUUCAUGGAGGAACCAACAACGUUGAGGUUCAGUUUUCGAGAAUUUUACAUGGGUCCAGAUGUUUCAACCGUUUCUGAUAAUGCAUAUGCCAGCACCAAAAUUAUUGCCGACAAGGAAUUUUCGGAGUUUUGUUCAGAGAAAGACCCUGUAUCUCAAGCACAGACAGAGAACUCUGUUCAAGAUCAGGUUUCACCUUCUUCCACCCAUAUUCCGCUUCACUUUGAGAGUGAGAUGUUUGGUGGAUCCGAUUCAUCCGAUGAAGAUUAUUUUCUUUACAACGAAAACUCGGUCACUUCUGAUUCAGAGUCAGAGUCAUCAAGCUCAAGUGGUGUAAUCUGGGGCAACAGCAACAAAAUUGAUGAUUCAAUUGUGUACCAGUUUCUGGGAGGUAAAAAUGGUGGUGAAGGGUUUGAACCUGAGAUUCUGAAGCUGAUAAUGAGAGAGGAAAGAGAAGGCGAUGCAGAGGCAAAGCAAUCUUCAUGUGAUGGAAAGAUUUCAGAGUUGAGUGCUCGUGGCAUUUAUUCUGAAGAUGGGUAUGUGGAAAUGGAACCCUGCAUGAAGGGUUUUAAGCCCUUCAGUGCACAUGGUUUUGGUUGUAAAGACUCUGCCAAAGUAGUGGUCAGAGACAAAAAAGAAGAGGAAUUCAGGAAUGAGUUGGAGAAAAGAGAAGAAACUAGAUGGGAGGAUGAAUUGAGUAACUCAGAAUCUGACGAGGGUGACUUUGAAUGGGAGCAUGAUGAUCUGGUGGAACAACUGAGAUUGGAAUUGAAAAAUUCAAGGCAAGGAGGACUUGCCACAAUUUUAGAAGAAGAAGAGGAGGUAGAUGAAGAGGAAGAGGUGGUGGUGGUGGUGGAGGAGGAGGAAAGAGUAUCCUCAAGAGUUGUUGAAGGUCCAAACCCAGUGGAAAUUGAAGAGAAAAUUGAAUACAAGGAUCAAAUUGAUGAAAUUCUACAGGUUUACAAGAGCUAUGAAGAGAAGAUGAAGAAACUUGAUAUCUUGAAUUACCAGACCAUGCAUGCAUUAGGUCUGCUCCAACUAAAAGACCCUCUCAAAUUAAUUUCAAUACCAAAGUCUUCAAUCCAAGGUUCAAAGCCUGUAAUCUCUCAGAACUUGUGGCCACGCAAAGCAUCAAAGAACUCAUCUGACCCGUUGAUAAAGUUGGUGCAUGAACUGCAUAGAGAUUUGGAAUUGGUAUAUGUUGGCCAGGUUUGCCUCUCUUGGGAAAUCCUGUGUUGGCAACACAAGAAAGCUCUUGAGUUACAGCAAUAUGAUUCACAAGGGUCUCAUAGCCAUAGGUAUAAUCACGUUGCUGGUGAGUUUCAACUUUUUCAAGUACUAGUUCAAAGAUUCAUAGAGAAUGAACCAUUUCAAGGCCCUAGGCUACAGAACUACGUCAAGAACCGAUGCGUGAUUCGCAACUUGCUCCAUGUUCCAGGCAUUAAAGAAGAUGAUAAAGGGUAUGAGGAAGAGGAUGCUGCUAUUGCAAGUGGAAGGUUGACAGAGAUCAUCAAGGAAUCAAUGCGGGUGUUCUGGGAAUUUGUUCGAGCAGAUAAAGAUUACGGGAAUGUUAUCUUUAAAGCUUCUCAGCACCACAAAAUUGAUCUUAACGACCCUAUGAUUCCUGGUCUUAUGGUGGAGAUUAAAGCACAACUACAGAAAAAGGAGAGAAGGCUGAAGGACAUAGUGAGAACUGGGAAUUGCAUAGUGAAGAAGUUCCAAAAGCACCAUGAAGAUGAACUUGAUCAUGAGCAAUUGGUUGCUCAGGUGGGGUUGAGAUUGAUUUCAAGGGUGUUAAACAUGUCAAAAUUGAAAAAAGAACAGGUAAUAUGGUGUAAUGAAAAGUUACACAGAAUCAAGUUUUUGAGCAGGAAGAUUGUCCAGGUGGAACCUUCCUUCUUGCUUUUUCCAUGUUGACUCAAAUCAAUUUGUUCUGAAUUGUAGAGCAAGAAAAAAAUGGUAGAGGAAUAGAGAUAGGGAUACCUUUUCACAGAAAAUGCUAUCCUAGAUUACACAGAAAUUGGGACACACAUCACAAAAUUCUCACUGUAUAUAUUUAUAUAUGUAUACAUAAGCUUGUGCUUACACAACAUGGUCAUAUAAUAAAUGGCAAGCUUGGUUA